AUGGAGACAAUGAUAAUGAACCAGCCCAUAGUUGUGGAUAUGGGCACUGGUGUGCUUAAGGCAGGAUUCGCGGGUGACCAGACUCCGAGGCAUUAUUUCCCAAAUUUCAUUGGACGACCCAAACAUGUACGAGCGAUGGCAGGCGCGAUCGAAGGGGAUCGCUUUAUUGGUCCAAGAGCACAAGAACACCGAGGUCUAUUGAACAUCCGUUACCCCAUUGAGCAUGGCAUUGUGCGCGACUGGUGUGAUAUGGAACACAUCUGGCACUACAUCUACAGCAAGGAGCAACUGACGGUCAGUUCGGAGGAACAUCCGGUUCUACUCACCGAGGCACCACUCAACCCCAAGCACAAUCGUGAGAGAAUGGCUGAGAUGCUCUUUGAGACCUUCGGUGUUCCUGCCCUUUACGUCUCCAUGCAAGCUGUGCUGAGUCUUUACGCUUCGGGCCGAACGACGGGGGUGGUGCUGGACUCGGGCGAUGGGGUGACGCAUGCGGCACCGAUAUACGAAGGCUAUGCGCUCCCGCACUCCAUUGAGCGUACCGACUUGGCUGGCCGCGACGUGACGCGUUACCUGCGCUUACUGCUACGCAAGGAAGGCACCGAUCUGCACACGACAGCGGAGUUCGAAAUUGUACGUCAGAUCAAGGAGCGUUCCUGUUUCGUCAGCCUUAGCCCCGGCAAGGUGGAGGCAGUGGAGGCGCAGGAGUUUUACCGCCUACCCGACGGCUCUGCCCUCCAAAUCGGCCCUGCCCGUUUCAAGGCGCCUGAACUUCUCUUCCGACCCGACCUUAUUGGCGAGGAGUACUUCGGUGUUCAUCAGGCAAGUUUUCAUCACAUUCUUACUCAUUUUUAUGAACUGCGAACUACUUUUAGGCGUGAAGUGCUGGCAUAUUCCAUUCAGAAGUCAGAUAUGGAUCUACGUCGAAUGUUGUAUGAAAACAUCGUCCUAUCAGGUGGCUCGACAUUAUUAAAAGGUUUCGGUGCCCGUCUACUGCUAGAGAUGAAACGCAUGGCCCCGAAGGACGCAAAGUUGCGUAUCUCUGCUCCCAACGAACGUCUCUACUCCACGUGGAUCGGCGGCUCUAUUCUCGCCUCGCUGGCCACGUUCAAGAACAUGUGGGUCUCCAAGCAUGAGUACGAAAGCGAGGGUCCUGCCGUUCUGCAUCGAAAAUUCCUCUGA